AUGGCUUCAUCAUCAUCAGGGGCUACUUCUUCAUCAGCUUUCUCCCGCCGUACUUCUUCUUACGAUGUGUUUAUUAAUUUCAGAGGUGUAGAUACUCGUGAAAACUUUAUUAGUCUUCUUUACGAUACUCUAAAAAGGGAUGGAAUCCAUGUCUUCAUAGAUAGCGAAGAACUUUGGGAAGGAGAAGAGAUUUGCCCUUCGCUUUUAAGAGCAAUUCGAGGGUCCAGAAUCUUUAUUCCUGUCUUCUCUCAACACUACGCAGAUAGCAAAUACUGCCUAUUGGAACUUUCUGAGAUAUGGGCAUAUCAUCUUUCCGACGGUCAAACCAUUUUGCCCAUAUUCAUCGAUGUUGAGCCACGGGAUGUUCGAAAUCAGAGCGGAAGCUUGGAGGUACCAUUUCAAGAACACCAGAGGAAGUCUGAGUCUGCUAUUGUAGAGAAUUGGAAGAAUGCUUUGACAGAGGUAGGGAAACUAAAGGGUUGGACUCUCAAGGGAGAUGCAAAAAUUAAGUAA